UGUCCGGAAAAUUGUGUCCUUUUUUUAACAACAUUAUUGCUUCUGAACCGUUGAAGGAAAUAAUUUACAAAUAUUCUGAAAUAGAGACGCUCCAAGUCAACCACAGCUGUUACACCACACCUAUUUCCUGGGAGGAGUUUCAGACCCGUAAGGCUUUAUAAAGUCACAACUUCUUGGCCACAACAGUUUCGAGUCCUCGGCACCAGUCUGUGACCUUUCGGGAGUGUGUGUGCUUUAUUUAAAUUAACAAAACGCCGAGGCAACAUUCAAAGAAGAUAGAAAAGAAAGUAUCACUUUUUUUAAAUGUCUCAAGUGAGUUUCGAAGUAAAUCAAAGCAACAGCAAAGUUACAUGUUUUCUGAAUUGUUUAGCAUGAGAUCGGAAGGUAUCGAUUCUAAUCCAUUUGUAUUUCAGCGAGCUUGAAGCCGGUUCCUCAUUUCAUCCUGGAAAAACUAAUGAAGAUCUGAUUUGCUACUCUCGUUUGGACUUCGGAGCUGGCAUUAUUAUCUCUUUCCUCUUGAACUGCCGUUAUAAAUGUAACUGAUUAAUUACGAGCAAGCCACAAGAUUGUUUUUAGAAAAUAUUUAUUGUGCAAAAGAAAAUUAGAGGAAGUUUGCCACUUUCUGCUGCCAAGUUCAACGGUUGAGUUCCAGGGCAAAAAAAAGAUGCAGCUCCCGGUUCUUCUCAACCUGCUUCUCCUGUGGGACAGUCUGCCAGUCGCUCUCUCCCUCUCCACUUGCAAGACCAUCGACAUUGAACAGAUCCGGAAGAAGAGGAUCGAAGCGAUCCGGGGCCAGAUCCUCAGCAAACUCAAGAUGUCCAGCCCCCCCAAGGCCGAGCAGGUGACAGUGACCAACGAGGUAAUGGUUCUGUACAACAGCACCAAGGAGCUCCUGGGUGACCUGGUCAAGGAGCAGCAGCAGGCAACCGCUGCGACUCAGUCAGACUAUUAUGCCAAAGAGGUGCACCGCUUUGACACUUUAGAGGACAACUCAGGAAACCGAGGAGGUCAGGAUGCUGACUCCUCUCACAAAAACUACCGGUUCAACAUCUCCUUGGAUAUUUCCAGUGAGUCCUCCUUGCAUCGAGCUGAGUUCCGACUCUAUCGAAUGCCCCGGGAUGUAGCGGUUACUCCAGAGCAGCGGGUGGAACUUUAUCAGGUUGGUUCACAUGGCAACACAUACCUGGACAACCGCCUGCUGAAAACCAAGGGAGAAGAAGAGUGGAUCUCGUUCGAUGUGACAGAGACAGUGAAAGAGUGGCUGCUAAAUAAAGAGACUGACCAACAGCUGAAGAUCAGUGUCCACUGCCCCUGUGAGAAUUCCAAUCAGAAUCAAGAUCUUCAACUGAAAUUCUAUGAGUCACCACGGGGGGACUUGCAAGCCCUGGCAAAGCGGAACCGGAAGAUGGCACACAUCCUCAUCAUGUCCACUCCUUCGACCAGGGCUGAGACUCACAGUAGGAGAAAACGGGACCUUGACACAGACUACUGCUUCGCGUCUGCUGAAGAGAAGAACUGCUGUGUGCGGCGCAUGUACAUUGAUUUCCGAAAGGAUCUCAACUGGAAGUGGAUCCAUGAGCCCAAAGGCUACUAUGCAAACUUCUGCAUGGGACCCUGUCCAUACAUAUGGAGCUCGGACACCCAGUACAGCACUGUCUUGGCUCUGUACAACUUGCACAACCCUGGAGGCUCUGCAUCCCCUUGCUGUGUCCCCCAUGUCCUGGAACCUCUGCCUAUCCUCUAUUAUGUGGGCCGGCAGCCCAAAGUGGAGAAACUCUCCAACAUGGUUGUGAAGUCAUGCAAGUGCAGUUGAAGGUCCAACUUAGCAAAGACGGUCCAGUGCCAGCAAAAUCUAGAGCCAAAGUUGAACCAACUCAAGCCUUCAGGUGGAUUAUAUCUGCAUGGACAUAUUCAGCACAUGUCUAAUGUGUGAAAAUAGAGGCUUUCUGUUUGUCUUUUUCUAUUCAGAAUGUUGUCCACUAAUUCCUGCCAGACCACACUGGACAGUCUGACUCAUGUCUACGUCGAUCUGGGCUCCAGAAUUCCAGCUCCAGCUAAGUUGGAGACUGCAUUUCAGUGUUUUUAUAUUUUUAAAUGACCAACAUUCCUAUAAUUUAUAAAUCUAGGGGUCUUUUUGAACAGGUUUAUCCUGUAGUACUGUUAAUUGUCACCUUCUACACUAGGCCCUGAUCUCUUGGCCUUGAAAGCAGCAUUGAAUCAUAGACCAAUAAUUCUCUUGAAGCUUACAGCACUCUUCACAAUAGAAGUGUCCCAUUGUCCUUCGACAUAAAAUAAAUGAUUCAGCUGCCUCCCAAACUGGUUCAAAAAUUCUGGGCAGCUGAUUAUGGGGCAGAGAGUCUUUAGGUGAACUUUCUAAUGCUCACUGGGCAGCAUUUUGAGGAGUGCGUUGCUUCAAGACUGGGCCUUCGGCCAUAGCCUGACAGGAGAGGAGAGUCAAAAAGCAAAAAUAACAGCAUUAAAAAAGAUGGUUACGCCAUGAUGGUCUAAAUACAUCCAACAUUAACUUGAAGAGGACCAUGAAGCCAAUUCAACACAAAUCAAACAAGGGGUUUCAUCAAGACAACAUUUGAGGAUGAAGGCCUAAUAAGAAGGGAUAGGCCUAUUCAGGAAGAUUGAAGAUCAAACUCCUGGUUAACACUGUCCAUUCUGAGUACUUAUUUCUGUGCCUUGGGCUCCAAACAGGAUAAAGGCCUCAGUCUGGCAUGUUGACUGAAGAAAUAUGUGCUGCCAAAUAAGCGUAUGUGUUUCUAAAAAAUUGUUUCUUGAUGACAUUGUGCAUCAGUUGACCUUUUAUACAGUAUUUCUUGGGUUGAAGGAUGGAGAGCGUUUGUUUGUGAUUAACUUUCUCCCAUUCUUCUUAUUCUUGUAUGUUCUGGUAGUAUCGAACAUUGAGAAGGUUAAGCUGGUGUGUGGACAACACCCCCCUAACAAGUUGUCCUCCAUCUUAUCUGCAGAGCUUCAUGUCCUUUUAGUGUGGCAAUGUGUAGGGGCAAAUUAAAACGAUUAUUCCCCUGUUGGAACUUUGAGGGGAGAUGGUGGCAUACUGCCACUGCUACUGGGUUAGUAAUCCAGCCAGCCCAGGUUAACUAUUUGGGGAAAACCAAAAGAACUGUGAAUGCUGUACAACAGAAACUAAAAACAGAAGUUGCUAGAAAUGCUUAGCAUGUCAGUCAGGACUGGGGAAGGGUCACCAGACCUGAAACCUUAACUCUGAUUUUUUUCUUCACAGAUGCUGCCAGACCUGCUGAGCUUUUCUAACUUCUGUUUUUGUAACAAUUUGGGGUCACAGGUUCAAAUCCCACCACUACGAGUGAUGACAUUUAAAUUCAAUUAAUAAAACUGGCCUCAGCAACAGUGAUUGUAAAACUACUGUAAGUUGUGAAAAAAAAACCCUAUUGGUUUCAUUCAAACACUUUAAGGAAGGGCAUCUAUCAUUCUUAGUGAAUCUGGCCUUUGUGAUGCUGGGCCCAGAUUAGGUCAGGAUGGGAGAUUUUGUUCCCUAGACGACCUUAGUGAACCUGACGGGUGUUUAUGACAAUCAAUGAUUCAUUGUUGACAUUACUGAUGAUUAGCUUUCAACUCCAAAUUUUAUGAAAUGAAUUUAAAUUCCACCAAUCAGUAUAGUGGGAAUGUGUUGCUACGUCCCAGCAUUGGUCUCGGCCUCUGGAUUUGCAAACCAGUGAUGUUACAAUUAUACCACCAUCUUGCCACUUUUUGUACUAUGAAUUUCUCAUUGUCACUCAGAACCAGCUGCACAUUGAUAUGCUAUCAAUGGGCAGCAGUGACACUAGCAAGGAACGUGUAAACCUCAUUGCUCCUGCUGGAUGGUCAAAGGUCAGAAACCAGAGGGCAGGAGCCUUCCAAGAACAACGACAUGAGAAGCAUAAAGGACUUUAGACAGGCAAGUAAAUAAUCCAGAAAAAAAAGCAAUGUUUAUUCGAUCAGCAAAAAUGAACUCAUUGACUAAUGAAUUUUUGGGUUACCAAGAAUGAUUAAAAUUAGUCCUGGAGAUUUCAUUACAUGACUUGUCCUUGAACACCACCACCACCCCCCCUCCCAACCAAAACCUCAUCAGGUUUGCCAACAGCAGUGUCCUGGAGAUUGAUAAUCGAUUCCUACAGCCUCUGGGCAGUUGUUGAACGGUGGACAUUUGACUAAUGGCUUUGUGUUUGGUGUGUGUUGAGAUCUGAAGUCAUUGGAGCUGAUACAUAGGUCGUCUCCAAUGUUCAAGAUGGAGAUGACGUGAAUUCUUUUACUCCAAAUUCACAUUUGGAAUUCUUUUCCCCAAAGAGCAGUGGAGACUGAGUCAUUGAAUAUGUUCAACACUGACUUCGACAGAUUGUUGAUUGACAAGAGAGUCCCAGUUUCUUAAGUUGUACAUGGGAAAGUAGAGUUAAGGCCAUGAUCUGAUUGAAUGUCAGAGCAUGCUUAAAGGGCUGAACAGACUUCUCCUCCUUUUUCUUGUCUUCUUGAGUUAAAUAAUUGAAUGAUGCAACUGCAGAACUUCACCCUAACCACCUGCGAUCAUUUAGUAACAGCCAUAUCAUUUAGUGCAGCAAUAGAAAGGAUUUAAUUACUUUGACUCUCAUCCCCGCCCAUUCCCGCACCUUUCAGUCUAACCGAGUACAGAUAUUGUAAGGGAAUGUGAUGACUUUACAGUGGGUAACCCAAUGUUACUUUGUAUUGCCAUUGAAUCCUGAUGUGGAAGUGCCAGUGUUAGACUGGGAUGGACAAAGUCAGAAGUCACACAAUAUCAGGUUAUAAUCCAACAUGUUUAUUCGAAAUCGCAAGCUCUUGGAGAUUAGCUAUUAUAGUUAUUGAAUCAGACUUUGUUGCUUCUGUUGCCAAGAUCUCACUGAGAGGAAGGAAGUUUGAUUUGCCAACCAAAGUAUGGAGAGACUACAACCCUGCCCCCAUUUUGUUUUACCAUCCGACAUGCAGCAGUUAGUUCCUGUUGGGCACCACACUGACACAAUGUACCCAAGCAUUUGAUUUGAUCAAGAAUUGGUUGUUUGAAGUGACUGUAAGAGCAAAAUGGCAUUGUUUGGUGAUUUGUUUAGGUCUUUAACCCUCCCAAGACUUGGGACAUCACUAUGUCUGUACUUGCUUAAGCUGUUGAACCUUCUUGAAUCUUGAUAUUCCUCCAAGUCUCAUGAGGAUUUUGUUCUGUCUAGCACUGCGGCUGUACCUUUGCCUGCCUACAUUCUAGAAUCUAGAACUCCCUCUAUAUUUCUUGAAAUCCGCCUUUUUGACCAAGCUUUUGGUCAUUUUACCUAGUUUCUCACCCCCUGAUUUGGAAUCAUUUGUUUUUAAACCAAAUUAAUUCAUGGGAUGUGAGCAUUACUCGUGAGGCCAGGAUUUGUUGCCCAUCCCCAACUGCCCUUUGAAGAUGCUCAAGAGUCAGCCACAUUGGUAUGGGUCUGGAGUCACUUGUAGACCAGAUCGGGUAAGGAUGGCAGAGUCACUUGUAGACCAGAUCGGGUAAGGAUGGCAGAUUUCCUUCCCUAAUGGGCAUUAGUGAACUGGAUGGGUUUUCAUGACAAUAAUUGUUGCCAUGGUCAUCCUUAUUGAGACUAGCUUUCAAUUCCAGAUAUUUAAAGAAAUUGAAUUUAAAUUCCAGCAGAUGCUAUUAUGGCAUUCGUACUUAUGUCUGCAGAUCGUUAGCCUAGACCUCUGGAUUACCAGCUCUGGUGAUAUCACUACUAUGCUACUAUGUUGUUUCUCCCCAAGUUGCUCUGUUAUUGCUUCAGUGAAACACUUCAGGACAGUUUUACUGUGCUUAAAAAGGGCCGUAUGAAUGCAGUUUGUUAUUAUGUGUGAUCUCAAGGAUACCAAAAUGAAAAGUGUCAAACCCAAGGGUCAGGGCCUGUUGAAGUGGGCAAGUUUCAGAGACGAUUGCAACACUUUAACAUGUACAGAACCCUGGUGACACUUCUAGUAACUGAACAAUAAUUGCUCUGCAGCUAUACUUCCAUUUCAAGACAAAAUAUCAACUAUCCAUCUGCAACCUAAGGAAGCUAAACUCCUAACAGAACAGCAAAAAUUCAAAAGUGGGUUCAGUGUAGUGGCAUUUCCUGUUUCUGACGAAAUUAUAGUCUCAGAUCACCUCAUUGACAAAGCGCCAUUCCAUGUCAGUGAACCACGUGUGUCUUUUCAGUUACUGACGAUCAUUAACACUUGUUGUUCGAAUGACGUGUUAAUCAUGGGCAGUGAUUCCUUAUAUCACAGCAAGGGACUUCCAGAGGAGAUGCUGCCUCGUCGUCCUUGUGUUCUUAGAUUAUUUUCAAUCAGUAUCUUUAGCAAGCAAUCAACAGCUGGAAUAGGGUUUACUAGGACAGCACUGAAUUAUUAAUGGCCUAAGAACAACAAGUGUUUAAUGAGCCAUGGUUUGGUGGCUCAGGACCAUGACUGAUGCUGAUGUCAAGUUUUUUUCACAUUUCUGUCAUAGCCAUCACUGACUGGCAAGGUUAGCAUUUGUAGCCCAACGCCAUUGCUCUUGAAUUGAGUGCUUUGUAAGGGCCAUUUUGGAAUGCAGUUAAGAGUAACCCACGUUUCUGUGGAUCUGGAGUCACAUGUAGGCCAGACCAGAUAAAGGCAGCGGAUUUCCUCUUCAAUUAUCCCUGAAUGAAGCAUAUGCCCCCCCCAAAGAUUGGCAAUAUUUUAAACUGAGACCAGUUUAUGCUGGGAUUUGAGCUCAUGACCCCAAAUAAUAAUCUGAACCUUAGAUUUACUAGUGUUAUAACCUUACCACUAAGCCAUUCUCUUCCCCUGUUUUUAGGAAACCUUGCACAAAACCUUCACUUGUACAUAGCAUCUGCAGUGUAUGUGGAGGAAAGUGGUGAAGUGUUUUACUUUAAAAGCAGUAUUGGUGUUGUUUACCUUGUCAAAUGCCUGUCCUGUUGGAGAAGGUGUGUGGUUUGUUCUAAUGUCGACAGAUCAUUUGAGGAAUGUGAAAAACACUCCCAGGUAACCUAAAGCUUGAUUAUAAUUGCCAGCAAACAGGCAUUACCUUUCUUUUAUUGUUGAAUCUUAUUAAAACAAAAUCUCUGACACCUUGGUAAAUAACUUUAAGAAAUUGAGGACUGGUGGUAUAUAGGCAAAACCUGUACACAUCCAUCAACUGGUUACCAUGAUGCAGUGCAACUAUCAUCGCAAAGGAACAGCAAUUGUGUAGAUAUAAUGGAACCCUUCCUUCUUCUCCAAUGGGUCACAAUGAACUUUCUCUACGGCCUCAUUGUUUGACAAUACAAUUAUAUAUCUUGAUAUUUUCAGUAGGAUGCAUAAGCUGUGGUUCAGUUGGUAGCAACCUUGCCUCUGAGUCAUAGAUCUCUGGUUUCAAGUUCUAUUUCAGUUUGCAAAAUUAAUGCUGUCUCUCCAGCACAGUACUGAGGCAACACAGCACUGUCAGAGGUACCAUCUUUCAGAUGAGAUUAAACUGAAACUGCAUCUGCCUGCAUGCUUGGCUAGAUAUUUCAGCUCUCCCCAGUUUCCUGGCCAAUAUCUGUCCUCGAGCAACAUUACCAAAGUGCAUUAUCCAGUUAUUCUCCCAUUGCUGUUUGUGGGAGCUUGCUGUGCACAAAUUAGCUGCCUUAUAUCCUACAUUUCAACAUUUCAGCAUUUGUAUCCCACCCCCAUUGCUCUUGGGGUAGGCUACACUAAAACAUACCUCAGUUUCUGUAAAAUGGUUUGAGAAGUUCAGUGGUCUUUCAGGAUUCAAUUUAAAUGAAAAUUCUCCCCUUUUCAUAUCAACAUCCACACCAUGAACCCUGAAAAGAUCAUGAGCGAGACAAUCAGUGGGCACAGCAGAUCAGGCUAGAUUUUUAUUUCUUGGGCUCUUUUUCACCAUUUGAAGAUAGAUUCCAUUUAUAGGGUGUUCCAUUUGAUAAUGAUAACUGAGACAGGAACUCAAAGAGGAAACUAUUAAAAACAGCUACAGACAAAGGGAUAUUUAAGGAAAAAAUGAUCAUAUUAGUGACUUGUAGUACAGUAGUAGUAGAGUCUCUCCCUCUGAGCCAGCAGGUCAGUUUCAAAUCCCAGAGGUGAAUAGUAAUAUCACUGGUCAGGUUGAUUAGAAAAUAUUUUUAAAAAGGCCUAGGAAGAGGUUUUCUGAUAUGGCCAUUUUCUAAAAUGUGUGGAACAGCAGCAUUGUACUCAAUGUGUGUUCUCAACAUUAAAUUCAUUUUUAGUCAUAGAAUUCUUAAAUCUAAGGCAUCAUUUUAAGAUUCAAAUCCAUGCAAUAGGAGUUUGGGUUGGUGUUGGGGCUAUGAUAAGAGGGUUGAUGUUGAUGACUAGUUGCCCUCAGAGCCCAUCCAACUCUUCCUUUUCCUCACUGUUUAGCUUUAAUAAGUUCAAAGUUUGACCCAAGUAUUGAGAGCUGUGAAUGAUUUUCAGAAUUACAGAAUUAUUACAGUGCACAAGGAAGCCGUGCAGCAGCCCAUUAAAUGAACGUCAUUACCUAGUGGCAAUCCAUUGCUUUUUCCCGUUGCACACUAUUUCUAUCUAAAUAAUCAUCCAAUGCCCUCUUGAAUGAUUUGUUCUUUGUGCUCAUACAUCUUGGUGUGACAGUGUAAACACAGGAUAAGGUGAGAGUCAACUUUGCUGUGAAAGUGCUUCUUCAGACAAUCAGUUCAGCAGUGUUUCCCAAGGUGCUACAGUAGCAAUGAAGCAAUUUGUUGCUUUCCUUCUUGUUGUCAGACUCCCUAAUAUACAGAUCUGGGACUCUCCUGGCCAAGUUAGUCAUACAAGCCAAUGGGACACAGUCAGGCUGAAGGCUCAAUGUGCAUAGCUCAUUGGGAAAGGGAAGGUUAGUGGUGGUUGGGGGUGGGGGGUGGUGGAUGUUGGCGGCAGUGGGGAAGGUUAAAAAAGUCACCAAUGAAAGAAAGUACAAAUGUCCCUCUCCUUAAUCUGACUGUGCAGGGUGAGUUAGAAGGAAUAUUCCUCAUUGGGUCUCUGACCUGAUCAAAACUUUGAGUCUUUUAGAAUUGCACUAAGAUUUUUGACAUGUCCUAAUAUUUUUGAAGUGACGGAAUUCUGAAAUCCUUUGUGUGUGUGUGUGU